AUGAUCAGAAGUAUCUUAAUCGUUCUUUUCAUUAUUUAUUCAAUCAACUCGAAUCCAGUAGAACGUGAUGGAAACGAAGUAUGUGAAUUGAAAGGUUUUUUUGUAACUAAGAAUAAGUACGGUUGGGCAAAGCGCGGAAAUCAAAUCAUAUGCACCUGCCCAGAUGGACAAUAUACAAUUGAUAAACCUUGCCGUAUAUGCGAUAGAGAAGAUAUUUGCGGGGAAAACUCGUUGUGUUCAGAAGAAUUAGCAAUUUCGGAACCGACAGCACGGUUUAUUUGUUUCUGUGCCUCAGGUGGUUAUUUACUUGGAGAGAAGUGUCCAGCUGUCACUGGAACUACAACUAUAACUCCAACUACGAUCGCACCUGUAACAACCACAACAAGCAUUGUACAAGCAACAACUACAACCACGGCUGUCGAUUUAACUACAACGACAACAACAACUACACAGACGACAACAUCAACAACUACGCAGACAAUCACGAUAACUACACAGACGACGACAACAUCAACAACUACACAGACAACGACAAAUACCAGCACAGAAACGAGUACAACUCCAGGAUGUGCACCUCGAUCGAGUAGUUCCCGUCCGUUCAUGCAACCAACUAUUAUAAUAUUAUUAAACCUAAUUUAUUUUUUCACAAAAUGA